AUGCUUCUCCUAUAUCUCAUAAUCUUAUUCAUAACCUUCUUAGUCGUCCGGCAAUGGAGAAUGCGACAAAACCUGCCCAAAGGUAAUUUUUCCCAACUAUCAAUGAAAAAUUAUAUUUUUAGGACCUACACCAUUACCAUUGAUCGGAAAUAUCCCUCAAAUCAUGUACGCUUCGAUGAAGAAUGGUGGUUUGGUGAAGGGUAUCCAAACCUUCCAGAAGGUUGGUCGCAUUUGGAAUGGCUGAUGCCCCCGUUUUGUACGGCGGGGGGCCAGUCUAUAAUACAUAUUCACCCCCCGCGUUUGAUUUUUUUCCCCCACAUGAAGUCCUCCGAUUUUUCCACCCGCAGACCGGAACUUGGCUUGGUGGGGUGCUUAUUAGAACGCGGGGGGCAAAAACAGUUUUGGGGGCGAUUCUGGAAUCGGGCGCGUUUCAAAACGCUACUCAAUUCAAACCAUUCCAAUCGCGACCAAACUAUACAGUUCUUAUUCAGAAAUACGGAAAGGUGUUCACAUUAUGGCUAGGUCCAUUACCUUCAGUUCAUAUCGCUGAUUAUGAAGUGGCCCAGGAAGUUAUGGUGAAAAAAGGAGCGAAAUAUGCAGAUCGAUAUGAUGUCGAGCUUUUCAAUAUCAUUCGAGGUACUUUUUUGAAUAUUCUAUUUUUCGUGUCUACUUCAAGCUUCAAGCCUUACCUUUGCAUCUAAGGUAAGGCCUGGAGCUUCACAGGCGUACCAUAAGGUGUCAACAAAGGUACCUCUCAAAAUGGACCGUGAAGACCCCAUAAUGUGUCAAUUGUGAGACCUCCAGCAUACCUUUUAGCUAUAUCUGAGCCAUCUCGGAGGUACUUGAGAGUCUCCCUUGAGGCUCAUUCUGCUCAAAGUCCUCUGAGGUAUCCUCGAGGUACCAUCGGGAGACUUCAGACCUUAUGAUACCUCAGAGGGUAUCCCGAUUCCCUUUCUCGAUUUGCCGAGGUCUGAAAGCCGCGAUGGAGGAGGAAAAUAACUGGGACCUUCGUGAUGCGAAUAGCACGUGUUGCGGUAAUUCUAGUGGCUACUUUAGUGCCGUCAGAAAUCUUGAGUAGUUACCAAAAUCUGACCAGGGAAGGGUUUCUGGACGCUUCUGAAUGAGACCAGCUUUUCUAGACGUGGUUUUCACGCUGAUUUCAAAUCUGGUCUCAAAAGUUGCCCUGUGAAAAAAGUUAGGGACUCUCAAACGUCGGAAAUUUGAGCUUUUUUGAAGGGUAUGUAGAUCUUGUCCCUCUGGUCACAGAAAAUCAAUGUUUUUUCAAUCAAAAAGUGGUGAAUGAUCUGAUAAAAGUCCAAAUCUGUUCCUUCCAAUGUUUCAAUUUUAAAUAAGUGAGAAAUGUCACUAUGAAUAUAAAUUUCCCCACAACUACAUUCUUUAUUGUUUUUCAGAAGUGUUGUGGACUUCGCAAGCUAUAUUAGGUUACUUGUAUCAGUCUCUGCAUAGAAACUUUUCUAAAAAGCAGUUUUGAAAAACUCCAGACUACCGCGGAGUCAUCGUCUCUAAUGGCCAAUACUGGCUGGAGCAUCGUCGCUUUGCCCUUCAUACUCUGAGGAAUUUCGGUCUCGGCAAGAAUAUCAUGGAGCAGAAAAUCAUGGAUGAGUUCCACAAGAGGUACAGUAGAUUACUGUCUCUACAAGCUGUUGUCAAAUCGUUCAGAUUCGACGAUUUGGAAGAGAAUCGACCCAAAACUGGUGGUAAGAUCGAUGCUCACGUGCUACUGGACCUCCUUGUCGGUAGUAUCAUUAAUCAAUUGCUCUUUUCGGAGAGAUUCGGCAAGGUUGGCACGCGACGCGGCACUCAUGCGUCGCGGUUUUCAGGACAAGGAGGAAGAAUUUUCCGAGAUCAAAAGGAUGUUAAACUCUACUGAAAACAUCGGAGUAAUCGAAAUGGGGAUUCCGUUGUGGCUUUUGAAGUCUCGGCUCUUCAAAGCCAGGUAUUUUUUGAAAAGUAUCUAAUGACGUCAUUUUGAACAUUUUAUGACGUCAUCAAGCUCCUUUCAUUCAAUAUUUUCGAAAAUAUUCGAGAGACAUUAUAAUGUUAAAAUAUAACCUCUCGUGUAUUUUCAAACAAAUUGGAAUAAAAGAAACUAGAUGACGUCAUAAGUGGUUCAAAAUGACGUCAUUAGAUAUUUCUCAUAUUGUAUAGGCCUUCUUUCUUUGAAUAGCUUCACAAUGGGGUUUAUUUUUUUAUCCCACUUUUUUCAUUUUCUUCUUCAGAAAUGGAUGCGAAAAAAAAGCAUAAUAAACCUGCAAAUCUGAAAAAACCCAACUUAAGGUUCGAGAAAAUCCUAGCGCCGAUGACUCGAAUUUUCGAUUUCGUUGGGAAACAUAUCGAUAAUAAGUCAGUUCAUUCAUUAAUCAGCCUCAUUUUGUUUUUAAAAUAGGAUCCAAGAAGUCGACAAGGGGAAUAUUGAGCUAACAGAGGAGGGCAACGAUUUCGUGGAGGCCUAUCUCUGGAAAAUGAGGAAGGACCAGAAAGAUGGAGUCGAGGGCUCUUUUGAGUAGGUUUUGGUUUGAAAUUCGCAAAUGAUCACAUUUUUUCAGCCUGUUCGGUUUGAAAGUGGAUCUAUUGGACUUGUGGCUGGCUGGCCAGGAGACCACCUCGACCACUUUGAUGUGGGCGGUUAUUUUGUUGCUCAACAAUCCUGAGGUGAGAACUUGAGAAGCUGUGGUCGCGUUUGGAAUGGAAUGAAGCGUCGCGGUCGUGUUGGGAUUAGAAUAAAGUCAAGGGCCGUCUUGUCCUUAACAGGCUUUUUCCUAAAAAAUGCUGUUAAGAACAAGACGGAGACAUAACUUCCAUGCCACCGCGCGAAAGUCGUUCUAAGUCGGACGCGUCUUCGACCAAACCAUUCCAGCCUCCCCGAAGCUUUGGAACAAUAUCAAAGUUCCAGCUUUUCAGGCCCAAGAACAAGUCCGAGAAGAGCUAUUGAAAAUCACAGAAAAUGGUAAUCGCGACAUUUCCUUGAAUGAUAAGCCGGUUACACCGAUUCUCAACGCUACGAUUUUGGUAUUUUCCAAAUUUCUUCAUUUUUCAUUCUGAAAAAAUUCAGGAGGUCCAACGACUAGCCUCGAUUGUUCCCAUCAAUCUUUGGAGGAUCAAUAAGGAGGUUUCGAUUUUUCAUUAAUUUAUUUUUGAUGACUUUUUUUUGUUAUUCUCUUCCUUAUGUUCGCUAGAAAGACUGUAGGAAUUAUAAAAAAAGCGUUAAAAAAAAUUAAAAUUUUAAUCUUAUAUUCAAACUUCAAACCAAACUAGGAUUUGGAAAUAAAGCGUAAAAAUUGUCAUCUGUGACCGCAUUUGGAAUGGGUCGACCCGCGGUUGCGGUACUGCUCGCUGAAGUGUGCUAAAAGGCGCAAGUCGUUUUCGGUCCGACGCACUUUCUCAAACUUGAUUUUAACUCUUAAGUCGAUACCCAUGCCAUCAUAUACUAUUUCAAAAAAAUUUUUUUAAUAACCUAAAUAUUUUUUUUAAAAAUUUUUUUCACAGGACACAGUCAUAGACGGUCAACCGGUCUGCGCCGGAGUCAUGAUAAACGCAGAAAUUUCUCUUAUAAUGGCCGAUGAGAACAAUUUCAAGGAGCCCGAGAAGGUACUCAAAAAAAAACCGCGAGAAAAUUCGAUUUUUUCAGUUCAACCCAUCCCGGUACCUGAAAAAUGAAGCAUCGGACAAGCAUGUGGUGCCGUUUGGGCUUGGGAAAAGGGCGUGUUUGGGCGAGGCGAUGGCCCGAGCUGAAUUGUACUUGGUGAGGGUUUAUUGACUUUUUUCGAGUUUCAGUUCAUUCACCACGACUUGAACUGUCUGCGCCCUCUUUUCCCUCGUUUGUGAGGAAAAAAGACGCAAUCGUAGCUCAGAAAUAGAGGGUGCAGAAAUAUACUUUUCGAAAUUCUCGAGAAUUUUAAAAAAUACUUUUUAUAGAUUCUCGGAAACAUGCUUCUUCGAUAUCGCCUGAGAACCGAAGGAACUCCUCCGCCGGUCGUCUCAAAAAAUCCCCAUGGAAUCAUUAAUCAUCCCCCUGAAUGUGAAGUCAUUUUUGAGAAAAAUCGUUUAGGUAUCUUAAAAAAAUUCCUCAUUUGAUUGUCUGAAAUAAUUAUGAUGUACAAAAAUAAAUAAACUGUUAUGAUCGUAAUCGACAGAAAAAAAUGAAGAAAAAUGUUGAAAAAAAGGGGUCCAAAUAAAUUCAAUGAGAAACUUGAUAUUAUACUAAAAAAGUUUGAAAAAUGUUAGUAAUAAAAAAACUUCAAAGUUUGAUCUCUACGUCUUUCUCAGGUUUCUUGAUCUUUUCGCCUGUCUGUUGUCUACUGAGUGUUCGUUAAUUAAACAAGACAGCUCCGCCGUCAAAUAAACCAUUUUUUGUGGUUUGUACUUCAACUAGCCUUUAGUUUGAUAAAGAAAAGAAGUAGAGGGUUUUUUUCUGAUAAGAUUAUUCCUUAUGGAACUUCAAAUUUGCAUCAUUUUCAAAGAAAUGAAAGGGAAAAAGAAUGUGAAAUUCAUAAAAAUAAAUAAGUUUUUUUGAAUAUUUUGAACGUUUCUAAACCAAGUGCAGUGCAAACUUUGAUCCACGAUCUUUAUUUCACGGACAUUUCGCGGUCCGACGGAGAACUUGAUCAGAUUCCGGCGCAAGAUUUGAAAUGA